AACGGCGUCUCGACACGCCAUGACAUUCCACGUCUUCCUCGGGGCACCCACAGCCAAAGAACUACGAGAAUGGCCAGUAGACUCGUGCCACGGUCGCUGGGAGGAAUACCAGUCGUCAGAUUCGCAAACUUCUGAUGAGCAUUCCUUCGAUCUUUCUCUGCCUCUACCUGCAACGCUGGAAGCAGCGAGCCGGAGAAUAUCUCUUCUGUAUCACAAUGCUAUCUUUCAAGAUGAAGGGGAUGAAUUAGAUGCCUCAAUGGACGUCGAUGUCGAUGAAGAGACGACUGGAUAUGGGCUCGAAGGAAAGACAACUGUCAUUACAUGGGAUGCAACACCGGAAAAGGAGCCCGGUAGACGCAACCCUUCCCGUUCGUUCAUCAACACAUCGAUUUUGAGUGCAGACACACAACUCAAAACGCAGGAAACUGAAGAAAGCUCUUAUAACUAUUCCGAUACUUCAUCCAUUGCGCGUUUCCCGACAUUCCAUUUCAGUCUUCAUAUCCUCACGUCACUCUCUGUACUUUGUAAUUCUGGGAGAAAAGGAUCGAGUAAAGUGAACAUGCUUCUGGCUAUACUUGAGGUCGAAGGCCCAGAUAUCAUCCGCCUCAAAAAAGGAGCCGACGCCGGAAAAGAAAUAUCAAUCAUGAAGAUGAUACUGGGUGAAGAAACCGGAUGCGUAUGCAAGCUUACUGCUUGGAGAGAAACAGCAGAGGUAUGGGGUGGUGCUGACGGUGCGGUGGCAGCGAAACGAGGAGACAUUGUUCUGAUACAAAAUGUUACGGUCACAUACGAACCAACGGUCUCUCCCACCCUUACCGCAUCACCGUAUCUCAAAUCCAAGCUGGAAAUAUGUUAUCGUACAAUGCCUUAUACCCCGGAGGACAGGCGACUGCGUCCUGACCUUAGGCUUGGUGCCAGUGACGCUGCUGUGCGUAAAGUGGGGGCAGUGGUCCAAUGGUUCGAGCGAAUGGCUGGCCUUCGUUAA